AUGAUUUUUUCCUCCAGAAGAAGAGGUGAGGUUAAGACAAUGGAGAUGGUCAAUCAAUAUGAACCAGAAAUUCGAAGUUUCAACUACCACCACACUAGUACCACUCAACUUUAUCCCAAAACAAACCCUGAUAAUUUCCACAAAAUCUACCCGGUUUCAGUGGCUCUCAAUGUUCCCUUUACUAUAUUUUGUCACAUCCUCACACUUGCCACCUCCACCCCCUCUCACCCUUUUUCUAUACUACAAGCGGUGACUCACACACUUCUCCCCAUUGUUCCAAUUUCUCUGCUUGCUCUCUCAAAAGGGUUCAAGCAGAUAGUCCGUUACAACCGUAGUUCAUCACGUAUACCAGCUCCACUGCAUCAACGAAGGCUACUACUGAUUUAUAAUCACUGGUGA